AAUGUUGGUGCAAAGGCAACGAAUAUUUUCACCAAACUAAUAAUAGCGUUGCAAGAUUCGAGUCAGCAACUUUUGCUGUGGCAAAAAAAGUGCUUUCACCGGAAAACACUACAACUGAGAUGGCUAAAGAGGAGGAGUUCCUGAGAGAAAACGGAGGAAAUGAGAACGGCGCCGUCAAAGGACGCCAAGUCUCCCGCAGCGACUUUCCUCCUGACUUUGUUUUCGGUGUCGCUACUUCCGCCUAUCAGAUUGAAGGUGCUUGCAAUGAGGGUGGUAGAGGGCCUAGCAUAUGGGAUGCCUUUUCACACACUGAAGGAAAAAUUCUUGACAAGAGCAAUGGUGAUGUAGCAGUUGAUCAUUACCAUCGGUAUAUGGAAGAUAUUGAUCUUAUAGCGAAGUUGGGAUUUGGUGCUUAUAGAUUUUCAAUUUCCUGGUCUCGUAUUUUCCCUGAUGGCUUAGGAACCAAAGUCAAUGAUGAAGGGAUAACUUUUUAUAACAACGUUAUUAAUGCUCUUCUUGAAAAAGGUAUUAAGCCAUUUGUAACUUUGUACCAUUGGGAUCUUCCACUGCAUCUUGAUGAGUCAAUGGGAGGAUGGUUAAAUAAAAAAAUAAUAGAAUAUUUUGCACUUUAUGCAGAUACUUGCUUUGCAAAUUUUGGUGAUAGAGUGAAGAACUGGAUUACUAUUAAUGAGCCCCUUCAAACUUCGGUGAAUGGGUAUGAUAUGGGAAUCUUUGCACCUGGGAGAAGUGAGAAUUCACUAGUUGAGCCAUAUUUGGCAGCACAUCAUCAAAUCUUGGCUCAUGCGGCAGCAGUCUCCAUAUACCGAAGCAAGUACAAGGAUAUACAAGGUGGACAAAUUGGCCUGGUUGUAGACUGUGAAUGGGCAGAGGCUAAUUCUGAUAAGAUUGAAGACAAAUCUGCUGCUGCAAGGCGCCUGGAUUUUCAGAUUGGCUGGUACCUGGAUCCACUAUAUUAUGGCGAGUAUCCUAAAGCUAUGUGUGAACGACUUGGAGACCGGCUUCCGAAAUUCUCUGAAGAAGACAAGAAGUUGCUUCUGAAUUCUAUGGACUUUAUUGGUUUAAAUCACUAUACAACAAGGUUUAUCACUUAUGCAACAGACUCCAAUGAAGGAAGUCGUUACUACGGGGCACAGGAGAUGGAGAGAAUCGUGGAAUGGGAAGGUGGCAAGGUCAUUGGUGAGAAGGCAGCAUCAGAGUGGCUUUAUGUUGUUCCUUGGGGUCUUCGCAAGGUUCUUAAUUAUGUAUCACAAAAAUAUGCUACACCAAUUUAUAUAACGGAGAAUGGUAUGGAUGAUGAAGAUGAUGAUAAAUUGCCACUGCAUGAGAUGCUAGAUGACAAACUAAGAGUUUGCUAUUUCAAAGAAUACAUUGCCUCAGUUGCUGCGGCUAUAAAGGAUGGAGUAGAUGUUAGAGGAUACUUUGCAUGGUCAUUGCUAGACAACUUUGAAUGGGCUCAAGGGUAUACCAAACGCUUUGGAUUGGUCUAUGUCGAUUAUAAGAAUGGCCUCACUAGGCAUCCAAAGUCUUCUGCAUAUUGGUUUUCACGGUUUCUGAAAGCUGACAACGACAAAAAGGGAAAGGAAGAGUAGUUGAUUUCCAUCAUGAACGAAUGAAUAAUUAUAAGAAAAGAAAGCUUCCAUCUUAUCCUUAUGUGGAAGCCUUACAGUAACAUUUCUCUACUAAGUUCUGGAUGCAUCAAAUUAUUUAUGUACCGGAGUUGCCUAAAACAGAAAAACUGUUAUGUUAAAUACUUAUCUUGGUUUGAA